AUGUCCCACUACUCUAGCAACACCAGUGAAUACUCAUACCCGGCAUCUACCUCUGGCGCUCCAUAUGGCUCUAGUCAAAUUUCCCAAACUGAGAUCAAUCAGAUGUUACACACCCUCCGCAGCCAUCGAGUCAACACCUUGACAGAGCUCCGCCGUAUAGAAAAAGUUCUCUCAUCUGUAAAUGCGUUAGCAUAUUAUGCACCCAUGACCGAAGCCUGGAACUACUAUGUCUCAUCGAAUAACUUCCUCAGCGAGCUCAGAGGAUUGACGAGACAAUAUCCAUUCAGUACAGAACUCUUGGAGAGUGCUAAAUGGAGUGUAUACAACGAUCCAGAUAGCAGCAAGAGUUGGAAUUUUGCUUGGCUAAUUCUUACGAAAUUGAGAAAUGAUCAAAUGGUAGCAGAGUUUGCUACUAAGACAGCAUAUGAGCCCGCCAUGUGGGGUAAUGCUACUCCUGAUCCAGCGAGUGCCACUCAGUUGGCUUCGGUCUUGACUCAGGAAUGGUCAAAGGCUAUUGAUCAGAUGCUUAGGCAUUGGUCUUCUCCACCUACGACUUACUCUUUCUACUGA